GCCCAGGAAAUGAUGACGCUCAGCUGUGAAGUGUUGCCGUGUUGUCAGCUGCUGCUAGUAGAGGAACUCACGCCACUGUGACACGUUUUCUCCUCUUUUAAUGCCGCAAUUAACUCCCUCCAUCCAUCUUUACUAUUGCUGUCGUUAGAGGAAAGCGUCGCCAUGGAAACCGCAUGUAGAGUCAGGAUGAAGUCGUGCAGCCGAACCUGAGACUCUCCAAAAGAAUCAACAAAUAAUAAACAUCGUUAGAAAACUGUUCUGUGGGCAAAAUUAUGAGUUGAAUUCACGCUCUGAUUAUUUUAAUCUCCAGAAGUCAGAUCUGUUCAAGUCCUUGCUUUUGUCACGAUGAACGUGGGCACGGCACACAGCGAGGUGAACCCUAACACACGUGUGAUGAACAGCCGGGGCAUGUGGCUGUCCUACCUACUGGGCAUCGGCCUCCUGCACAUCAUCCUUCUCAGCAUCCCGUUCGUCAGUGUGCCUGUGGUGUGGACGCUUACUAACCUCAUCCACAAUAUGUGCAUGUAUCUUCUGCUACACACAGUAAAGGGGACACCGUUUGAGACCCCGGACCAGGGCAAGGCUCGGCUUCUCACUCACUGGGAGCAGAUGGAUUACGGUGUGCAGUUUACUGCCUCGCGCAAGUUCCUCACCAUCACACCUAUUAUACUAUACUUCCUCACCAGCUUCUACACCAAGUACGACUGGGUUCACUUUGUCAUCAAUACAGUGUCACUGCUCACUGUACUCAUCCCCAAACUCCCUCAGCUGCAUGGAGUCCGUCUCUUCGGGAUUAACAAGUACUGAAGAUUCCCCUCGAUAUCCCUUCGACACACACACUCUCUCUCUCUCUCUCUCUCUCUCUCUCUCUCUCUCUCUGUCUUUCUCUCUUUCUCUCACACAAUCACUCUUCUCUUGCUCUCUCUCUCUCUCACACACACACACACUCUCUCUCUCUCUCUCUCUCUCUCUCUCUCUCUCUCUCUCUCUCUGUCUUUCUCUCACACACUCACUCUUCUCUUGCUCUCUCUCUCUCUCUCACACACACACACACACUCUCUCUCCCUCUCUGUCUUUCUCUCUUUCUCUCACACACUCACUCUUCUCUUGCUCUCUCUCUCUCUCACACACACACACACACUCUCUCUCCCUCUCUGUCUUUCUCUCUUUCUCUCACACACUCACUCUUCUCUUGCUCUCUCUCUCUCUCACUCACACACACACACGCUCUUUCUUUCUCUCUCUGUCUUUUUCUCUUUCUCUCACACUCUCUCUUCUCUUGCUCUCUCUCUCUCUUUCUCACUCACACACACACACUCUCUCUUUCUUUCUCUCUCUCUCUGUCUUUCUCUCUCUCUCUCACACACUCUCUCUUCUCUUGCACUCUCUCUCUCUCUCUCUCUCUCUCUCUCUCUCUCACACACACACACACACACACACACACACACACACACACACACACACACACACACUCUCUCUCUCUCUCUAUCCCAGAGCCCUGCACACCUCGCCACAUCAACCCGUCUGUGUAUUUUUCCACUCUGAUGAUGUCUUUGAGAACUGAAAGGAAAGGAAUGGAAACUUUGGAACAAGUCGCUUAACAUCAUGUUCCCUGGUCACUUUUUAGUGUUUUGACCUAACUUGUGGAUCGGGAGCGAGCGCUUCUAGACGUGUUCAACCAGGAUAGAGGAAAAAUUCCUCUUUUUUUUUUCUUUAAGGAAUUAAGAAUUUUGUACGCUCUGUUUUUGAUCUUCAGGAAGCGGAUCAAAGCACGCAUACGGUUCAACAAACCCUACAAUCAAGAAGCACAAGAACAAACACUGUGACUGCUUAGAGAAAUAAGGAAGAGAGGAAAAACAUUUCCUUCUCUUCAUUGAACUUUCAUGGACUUUGGAUGUUUUUGUGGUUGCUUUGCUUUUAGCUUUGCUAAUUCACUCUCCGUCCAGUAGGUUACGUAAAAAAAAAGGUUUAUUUUACAUUUCGAUGUCUCCGUCAUCUUUAGAAUCAGUUUCUGCUGCUGCCGCGUCGUCAUUUAUUCUUCUUGUUUGUUUGAAGUAUGACAUUUUGACAUCUUUUUCAUUAUUCAGUCCAUCAGUACACCUAUACUCUUGAGGAGACCUGACGAUGAUGAUGAUGAUGAUGAUGAUGAUAAUUAUGUAUUAUUUCAUCGUGAUGCAACAAUCCUGCCUGGGAAAUGUUUUGUGAUUUUAUCUCUGAUUUUAACGUGUUUAUGGUUUGUUUGAACAGUUCAACGCUUUCUAACCAGACUCUCAAAAUCUUUCAGGAACAACUAACACUUCAAACCUUUUUAAUAACCAGGACUCCUACAGAUGUUCAGUCAUGUAGGAUGUUAACUAAUACACAUCAUUAAAUAAUCCAACACAUGCUGGUGUGAUGCAGCUGUUGAUUAAGUUUUAAGUUGAUUUUUUUUUUUAACUGCUCAGAUACUAAAGCAACAUGACAAUGUUCACUAUUUUUAAUUUAAUACUAAGUCAAAUUCCAGCUUUUUAUGUACCGCUUAUGUUAAAGAAUAUCCACAAAACUUUGGGUUCUCGCUUAUGAACAGUUCUAACAGUCGUUCCUUCACCAGCUCACAGCUCACGAAGCAUGAACUAGUGAAUUUGAACUAAUGUUUAUGAAAACAUCUUUAUACAAACCAUUGUAGAUUGUUCCUCGCUAAAUAACAAGACAUUUGAAAGAGCUGUUCGUCACGUAUGGAGCCUCCAUAGUGAGUCGUUACCAUAGAAAGAAUAAAAUUUUUAGAUAGUCUAAAAAAAAAACCCCACUUCUAUAACUUUUACAUUUCGUCGCUGUCAGGCGGAAUCCUCGUAUCUUCAAAACCGUUAUUUUUCAGGAAAUUAAAAAAACGCCGUACCUUAUCUGCAGUGCAAAGGGUUUAGUCCACGUUGCAGUGGAUUGUCUUGCGCUAAACUCCUGUCCUCAGACGAGCACCAGAACUAGUGGGGGUCAAGAUUU